UCUUCUAAGUGAUUUCUACCCAUAGUGGGGGCUAACAAUACUCUCACUCAACUAGUCAUGGCAGCUGCCUCUUCCCGACCCUCACUGGGCGACAGUGGGAAGGGAAAUCUUUACCACUGCACUUGCAUUUGUCUUUGAGCAAACUUCAGCAAUUAUCUGAUUGUUGGAGUUUCUUUGUAUUAUUGUAGACUCUUUACCUUACAACAUGAAGCACUUUGAGGCAACUGUUGUUGUGAUUUGGUGCUAUAUGAAUAAACUUAAAUGAAAAUGAGGCAUGAAAAUGGCAACUUGAAGACUCAGGCCUUAGGUUUGACUUAUGAUUAAUUUAUCAGCAGGUAAGGAGAUCCCAUUCUCAUCAAAGUUGCAUGUGUCCGUUCUGCCAGAUAGAAGAGGAUAGAAAGAUAACACAGCUGAAACGGUGCAUGUUUUUCCCCCCACAAUGAGCUUGAACAGGCAGCACAUAUUUACAUUACACAGCUCCAUGGUGAUGAUUUCUAUCUCUGUACAAACACAGACACUCAAUUUGCUUUUAGUUGACCAGCAGGUGACCUAGACCAAGGCUGCUGCAUAUAUGUAUUAGCAUAAAGCCUGCAGGUAGGAAACAAGACAAAAAGGUGUGGCGCUGAGCUCUUACCUGCAGGUAAGCAGUGAAGUAGGCGCAGUUGAUACUCGACACAAUCCGCUACCAGAGAGAAGAACGCCCUCCAGCACCACCGGAGAUCAAAGAUGAACUGGGGUUUUCUGGAGAACGUCCUCAGUGGGGUCAACAAGUACUCCACUGGAAUUGGGCGAAUCUGGCUCUCUGUGGUCUUCCUCUUCAGGAUCUUGGUGUAUGUGGCAGCAGCUGAGCAGGUGUGGAAGGACGAGCAGAAGGAUUUUGUUUGUAACACACAGCAGCCCGGCUGUGAGAAUGCCUGCUUCGACCACUUCUUCCCCAUUUCGCAGGUACGUCUCUGGGCUCUGCAGCUCAUCAUGGUGUCAACCCCUUCGCUGCUAGUUGCCCUUCAUGUGGGUUACCGGGAGUAUCGGGAGGCUAAACACAAGCGAAAACUGUACCAGGACAAGGGACGCAUCGAUGGAGGUCUUUUCUGCACCUACACUGUGAGCCUGAUCUUCAAGACAGCCUUUGAGGUGGGCUCCCUGCUCGCUUUCUACUUCCUGUAUAAUGGCUUUGAGGUCCCGAUACUGCUGCAGUGCAGCCAGAGCCCAUGCCCCAACACAGUGGACUGUUUCAUUGCCAAAGCCACAGAGAAGAAGAUCUUCCUCUACAUCAUGGGUUGCACUUCCAUACUAUGCAUUGUUCUGAACUUCACUGAGCUUAUGUACAUUGUAUGGAAACAGCUUUGGAAAUGUUUAACGAGGAAGUAUAUUCCCAUGGAAAAGAAGAUGUACAGCCACAGCCAGCCAUUUGUUUCCACUGUCAACAAGUAUGCCUCAAAUGAACCCACAGCAAACACAGAGGUGUGUAGGACACAGCCAGCAGCUGCUCAGGAAAACCUGCCUGACCAGUCCUAGAGGGCUGGGACACUGCCAACAUCCGACACUGAAAGAACCUCAAGUGAAACCUGAUACACACACACAUGCACGCACCCACGCACACUAUAUAAGUUGGCCAAAGGAGUAGAUAGAAGUCACUGACAUCAAGAUGAGGAAGCUCCUGACUGUAUUCUAAGUGUAAGGAAGGAACAGACUCUAGGAUGAGACAACGAACAUCAACAAGUACAUAAGGAAGAUGGCCACGACCGACCAUGUGGUCAAUGACUAUCUCAGGCAGCAGAAACCCAAGAAAGAGUAGGAACCAUCAUGGAAAGACAGGCCCCUGCACAGAAUGUACCACUGGCAGAUAGAGGAAGUGGCUGACAUCGACAAAUCCAACCAGUGGCUGGACAAAACUGGAAUGAAAGACGGCACAGUAGCACUAAUUAUGGCAGCACAUGAACAAGCUCUAAGUACAAGAUCCAUAGAGACUCCAGGUGCAGGCUGUCCAGCACAUCCAGCACAUAACAGCAGGGGGCAAGAUGCUAGCAGGCAGGGCUUACGUGGAACGCGAUAACCAAGUGGCCGGCAUAGUAUACAGGAACAUCUGAGCCGAGUAUGGCCUGGACGCCCUGAGGUCAAAAUGGGAGACGCCCCCUAGUGUGGUCGAGAAUGGCCGUCCUAAGAUCCCGUGGGACUUCCAGAUAUAGAUGGGCAAAAGGGUGAUGGCUAAUGAACCGGACAUAGUAGUGGUGGAGAAGCAGAGGAAGACGGCUGUAGUGAUAGACGUAGCAAUACCGAAAUACAGCAACACCAGGAAGAAGGAACACGAGAAGCUGGAGAAGUGCCAAGGACUCAUAGAAGAGCUUGAGAAGAUGUGGAGGGUGAAGGUAACAAACCCCAGUCACCACUCACAACACUCAGUGUGCUUGUCAAUAGCUUUGGUGUUGACUCUUGUUCCAGACAGCUGUGAUUGCUUGAUGAGCUUCAGCUGGCAUGCCAGCCUCCCUGGCAUGGCCCCUCAAGCCAGCUGCACCACGCCUCCUCUGCAGCUGAGUCAAAGACCACAGCUCUGUCACACCAUCCAAUCCACACGUGCAAAGAAAUCAUGGCACAGAUGUCCAUCAAUUAUGUAUAAUAAUGAGAAAUGACACAGGGAAAAAGCAUUAAAGAUAAGUGCAUUGAAGAUAAGUGCAAAAAAGCAUGGACAGCCAUGACACCAGCUAAAAUCUAUCAGUAAUUAGAAAGCAAUCCUGCCACUUGGUGCAAAUUAAUACCGGCUGGUUCAGUCCCAACUGAUGUCUAAUUACCAAGGAGUCACACAAGAAACAUCUCAUGACUGGUAAAACCCAGUGAGGUUGACUAGAUAGUCUAGUCAACCUCACUGUCUAGACAAGACUAUCACAGCUUUAUUAUUGCUAAACAUACUGAUGGCACUGGUUACAGGAGAAUUUCUAAACUACUGAAAGUUCCAGUGUGCACUGUUGGGGCCAUAAUCCGGAAGUAAAAAGAAUAUCAUUUCACCAUAAACCUGCCACGACCAGGUGCUCCCUGCAAGAUUUCAGACAGGGGAGUGAAAGGAAUUGUCCAAAAACUAAGGAACAUUUGUGGGGAGCUACAGAAACACCUGGAGUCAACAGGUACAAAAAACUCCAACACUGAAGAAAAAGCAUGUUGAAGUUUGCUCAACAAGAUUUAUGUUUGGAAGUCAAAAGGGACAGCAAACCGAAAACACCAUACCAACAGCGAGGUUUGGAGGUGGAACAUAAUGGUGUGGGGCUAUUUAUUGAAAGCAGGAUGAAUGGGAAAAAUGAACUGAGACAUUAUGCCAUCUGCAAUGAUCCCAAACACAGAGCCACGGAAACACUCCGUUGGCUUCAGAGAAAGAAAAUGAAGCUGCUAGAAUGGUCUAGUUAAUGAAAUAUAUGGAAAGAACUAAAGCUAGAGCAAGGCUGCUGCAUAUAUGUAGAGUUCAUAGAAGGGGCCCACUUCAGGAUUUUUGAAGACAGUUUGUGUGGAAGAAUGGGCCAAAAUUAAACCUGAGCAAUGUCUGUGACUAGUUUAUCCAUACAGGAGGUGUCUUGAAGCUGUCAAAAGUAUUACAUAAAUUUCAGUGUGAGUGCUCCGGGAGAGUCAAAAAGUGCUAUAUGACAACCAGUCCAUUUACCAUGUGUAAUUGGUUUUUUGUUUGGUUGGUUUUUUUUUUACAAAUUAUAUAUCUGUGGUUUGAUUUUAUUUGCAUAUGUUGAUUGGAUGGGUUUGUUAUCCACAUCUGGUGAGAAUUUCAUGUUGAUAGCAAGUUUGAAAAUAUAUUCACUUAUGACAUGUUUAAUACUUAAUUUACCUGCUGUAUGUAUAGAUGUGUGUAGUGAUUGAGAGAGGUAAUCUCCAAGUUGCGACAUUACACAGUCUGCAGAAUCACCUUUGGAGGCAAAAUGUUCUGUAUGAAAAUACUGACAAACUCUCCUGCUGCUGUCCUUGGAAUCACUGUCUGAACACAGUACAGAGAAGCUAACUACUCUACUCCCAGAGAGGUCAAUUAUCUUGUUAACAGUGUUACAUCCUUAUUGCAUAUGACUCUGGAUGCUCUCUUCCAGAGAAGAGAGAGCCUCAUAUCAGAAGUUGGAUUCCAAGGUGUAACUCUCAAACAUGCACCUUCGACCCAUAAGCCUGAGAUGAAAUGUUAUCUUACUAACUCAGAAAAUCUUCAUUUAGCCUGAAAAAAUUGUUUGUUGCUCUAUUUAAAAGUCCUCCGUAAAGAUGCUCCCAAGUCUCACAAACCACCAAAGUUGACCUGCACCUCUGUACUUUAAGGGUCUGUAACUUGAAAUGUUUUCAUAGUGUGAAGAUAACAUUUUGCAUGGUUUAAUUAAAUAUACUAGUUCUUGUAGAAAAGGGGUAUGAGGUAUGACGUGGUACAUCCCGAUUCUCUUUUGAGGAAUUUUGAAUGUUCUCCAUAUACUGACAAUGUUAUGGCUGCUAUUGUCAUGCUAAACUUAAGGUGCUUUGUCUUAUGUUUUCUGCAAGCUACGAUGUCUGCUGUAGAAAAGUCUUUCACAUAUCUAAAUGGUCCUUCUGGAACUGAUUGAACUGAUAUCAACAAGCACUUUAGAUAAUGUUCCACAGGAACGUCCUUUAUCGGUACCACGUUUGAGAGGAUGACUUCAACUGAAACCCACUGAAGUAAUAGUUAACACUGACAGGUGUUGGUUAGCUAGGAUAGUUAAUAUUAAGUUAAUUCUUUCUUAAAUUUGUAUUAAUAAAAUGCUAUACUUGUUUAUGAACAUAUUAAGUGUAAUAAAGAAUGAUUAGAAGACCCUUGAAAAAGUCUGCUGUCUGCUCCUUCCGAUUCCCUGCUUUGAUGGAGUUAACUAAUGAAGGUGGCCAAAUUAACUAUUUUUAGAACUGUGAGAAAUUUCACUCUAACAAUUUGAAAAUUGUUAAAAUGAAAAGUUAAGCACUUAGUUAUUUCAGUGCAAGUCAUCUUAUCCUGUGUUUCAAAUGCUAUACUUUUACUGUGACUUCAGUAGGUACUGCACUGGUCUUUAAAGACCACCAGUGCCUCUGGGAGGCAGAGCCUUCAGUUUACAGGCCCCUCUUCUGUAGAACCAGCUUCCAGUUUGGGUGUAGGCUGCUGGGGGAUUCCCAUGAUGCACUGGGUGUUUCUUCUUUCUCUCUAUGUGUUAAUAGACCUCUGUGCAUUAAAUCAUAAUUGUUAUUAAUCUCUGGCUCUCUCCCCAACUGGUCAGGGCAGGCAGCCGCCCUUCCCUGAGCCUGGUUCUGCUGCUAUUGUAGGGUCUACCUUACAAUAUAAAGCGCCUUGAGGUGACUGUUGUUGUGAUUUGGCGCUGUAUAAAUAAAACAAAUUGAACAUACAGUUCCAUCCAGUAUUCAUACAAUGGGGAUGUAGUUCUUUGCUGCCUGAAUUUGCUUUCUGUCUGCCCAUGAAAAUGUAUCAAUCAAUUGUCCAAUUACACUUGAGCCUCUGAAAAUGUGUAAUAUAUAUAAAACAGCUGUAAUUCUACUUUUUUUUUUUUUUUUGUAAGUUAAACCCUUAAACUGUUUGAU